UAAUGCAAUGAAGUUAGAAGCUGGGGUGAUCAGAAAGGGAGCACAAAGAAUCUACUAAAAAAUAAUUAACGAGGAACAAAGAGUAUCUAACUAAAAAGAGUGAGAAAAUAAUGGCAGCCUCAGUGAUGUCUUCUUUGAGCUUGAAACCUUCUCCCUUCACUGUUGACAACAAGGGAGCAGUUAGAGGCUUACCUUCCCUUACUAGAUCUUGCACCUUCACUGUUCGCGCUAGUGGUGUCAAGAAGAUCAAGACUGACAAGCCCUUGGGACUUGGCGGAGGAAUGGAAUUAAGGAAUGGUGUUGAUGCAUCUGGAAGGAAGCCAACGGGUAAGGGAGUGUACCAGUUUGUCGACAAAUAUGGUGCCAAUGUUGAUGGUUACAGUCCAAUCUACAACAGAGAUGAGUGGUCACCUAGCGGUGAUGUCUACGUUGGCGGUACCACUGGUCUACUUAUAUGGGCUGUUACUCUUGUUGGUCUUCUUGCUGGUGGUGCUCUACUUGUUUACAGCACAAGUGCUUUGGCAUCAUAAACAAAAUUUAGUAUUGUUUCUAUAAAAAUAUUAAGUUUCUCUUGGAUAGCCAAUUAAUUUAUAAAGAGUAAAUGUUGUAAAAUACUUGUGCAUUGGUUUGUAUCUUGUAAUCUGGAUAUGUGCCACAUUUCAAGCUACUACUUCUAAAUUGUGUUGCUAGUUUAAGAAAUAAACUCAUGUAGUUUUUUUGUUUGGUGCA